UCGACGUGCUCUUUUAACAGUAUUUGUUUCAUUUUAGCUUGUUUUGGGUAACUGCUUCGAUUUUAACGUUCAAUCAUGUACGCCAACAUUUGUAUAUCUGUCGUCGCUUUUAUGGCAUUUUUGGGAUAUGCGUGCUCUCAUGAGACCACGCACCACCACCAUAGUCAUGAUCACCACGAACCCCAGCUGAUGACGGCCCGUUCGCACGUAGACGAGCGCCAACAUAUAGGGCAACAUAUGGAUGGCGAGGUGGACGUCAACCAGAUGGCCGAAGACGAACUGAGAUUCCUCUACUUCAAGAUGCACGACAGCGACAAUAACAACAAGCUGGACGGAUGCGAGCUGGUCAAGUCCCUCCUCCACUGGCACGUCGAGGAGUGCAAGGCCAUGGGACCGGAUCACGAGCACCACGGCACGACCAAGAUCUUCGGACACGAAGAACUAGCCUUCAUGAUUGACCCCAUCCUUUCUUCGGAUGAUAGGAACAUGGACGGUUUUAUAGACUACCCAGAGUUCGUCGCAGCACAAAUCUCCAGAGGCUUUUAACAAGAAUCCUGAAAACUGACUGGUAAGAAUUUCUUACUCCAUGACUUUACUCGCAAGCUUUUCAAGUAACACUAAAGUGUUAUGAAUGCUCGCGAAAUGCCUCUGUGAACGCACCUUGUGACACGGCAAUCUUCUUGAAUUGCGUCAAAUAUAUUUUAUUGUGUACUGUCUUUCAGUGCUGCUAUUACUCGUAACGAUGUUGAACAUCGAAUUUGUAUGGGUAUUAAAUAAAUAUUUUUAGCUUUUUUCAUAA